ACCCCUAACUAAGCACCGUCAUUUAUAUAAAAAGCUAUCAUUCAUUACACAUUACUCAUCACAACAAACUUCAUAAUUAGCAAACUACUACUACUUCUAUAAGUCCAUUACUUCCUCACUCUUAUUUUUUCACUUAACACUUCACACUUCACAAUGGAGUACGGAAGGUUAGGACUAUCCGACCCUGGUGGCUCGACACCCUCCCAACCUAUAAUAAACACUACCAAACCUAGAUCUUCAAAGAAGAAGAUCAUUUUCCUCUCACUCCUCGCCGUGUUACUAAUCAUCGCCUCCACUAUCUCUGCCGCAAUGCUCACCGGAAUCCACUCUCACACUACAUCCGAACCAAAAAACCCUACUCUCCGACGUAAUCCAACGCAAGCUAUCUCUAACACAUGCAGCAAAACUCGUUUUCCAUCACUCUGCAUCAACUACCUCCUCGAUUUCCCUGACUCUACUGGUGCAUCGGAGAAAGAUCUUGUUCACAUUUCACUCAACAUGACGCUACAGCAUCUCUCCAAAGCACUAUACACCUCCGCCUCUAUCUCCUCCACCGUUGGAAUCAACCCCUACAUCCGUGCCGCUUACACAGACUGUCUUGAACUACUAGACAAUUCCGUCGACGCUCUUGCUAGAGCACUCACCUCCGCCGUACCUUCCUCCUCCUCCAACGGUGCUGUUAAGCCUCUUACAUCAUCUUCCACUGAAGAUGUCCUCACGUGGCUGAGUGCUGCGCUCACUAACCAAGACACGUGCGCUGAGGGUUUUGCCGACACUUCCGGCGAUGUUAAGGAUCAGAUGACUAAUAACUUGAAAGACUUGUCGGAGCUUGUGAGUAAUUGUUUAGCCAUUUUCUCUGCCGGUGGUGGUGAUGAUUUCUCCGGCGUUCCGAUAGGGAACAGGAGAAGGUUAAUGACAAUGCCAGAACCGGAAGAUGAUUUUCCGGUAUGGUUGAAGAGAAGGGAAAGGAGAUUGUUGAGUUUGCCGGUGACGACGAUACAAGCUGAUGUGAUUGUUUCCAAAGACGGUAACGGAACGGUGAAAACUAUAUCGGAAGCUCUUAAGAAGAUACCUGAAUAUGGUAACCGACGAUUCAUUAUCUAUAUCAAACAAGGAAGGUACGAAGAGGACAAUUUAAAGGUGGGAAGGAAGAAAACUAAUGUUAUGAUCAUAGGAGACGGAAAGGGAAAGACAGUGAUCACAGGGGGGAAAAAUGUUAUGCAAAACUUGACAACAUUUCACACUGCUUCCUUUGCUGCUAGUGGUCCAGGUUUUAUUGCAAAAGACAUGACAUUUGAGAACUACGCCGGACCAGCAAAGCACCAAGCGGUGGCCCUCCGUGUCUCAUCGGACCAUGCGGUGGUUUACCGUUGCAACGUCAUCGGAUACCAAGACACAAUGUACGCACAUUCAAAUCGUCAAUUUUACCGUGAAUGUGACAUUUACGGUACGGUAGACUUCAUAUUUGGCAAUGCUGCAGUUGUUUUUCAAAACUGUAGCCUCUAUGCAAGAAAGCCUAUGCCCUACCAAAAAAACACCAUCACAGCCCAAAACAGAAAAGACCCAAAUCAGAACACUGGUAUAUCCAUCCACAACUGUAGGAUCCUAGCCACACAAGAUCUUGAAGCCUCCAAGGGAAAUUUCACAACAUAUCUUGGCCGUCCAUGGAAACUAUACUCUAGAACAGUGUACAUGUUAUCUUACAUGGGAGAUCAUGUACAUCCACGUGGAUGGUUAGAGUGGAAUACAACAUUUGCUUUAGACACUUUGUAUUAUGGUGAAUACAUGAAUUAUGGACCUGGUGGAGCUAUUGGGCAACGUGUAAAGUGGCCUGGGUAUCGGGUUAUUACAUCCACCGUGGAAGCAAAUAGAUUCACGGUGGCCCAAUUCAUAUCGGGGUCCACUUGGUUGCCCUCUACUGGGGUGGCAUAUGUAGCUGGCUUAUCCACUUGAAGUCUAUUCUGCUGCUGCAUGCAAGUAUAGAUAGAUGAUACAUUUCAUUGUUCAAAAGCACUAAUUUGAUUUGAUUUGCCCGUAUAAUUUUAUAGUACAUACUUUAUUUGGUAAUUGUACCAAAAACUACAUAUAUAGUUUUCGUCGGGCACAAUGCUUAUUUUUUCCAGUGAUAAUAAUGAGAAAAUAUAAGUUGUAAACGUUGUUUCAUAUAU